AUGGCUUAUCCGCUUUGCUUUAUUUCUUUAAUCCUCCCCUUGUUGGUCAUUUGUGCAUGCUGCCCUUCCCACACUGCAGCAAUCAGGUUUGAAACGAAAGCCGAUGCAGCGUUAGUUCAGAGCAUAUGCAAGGAGUCCCUAGACCCCGACUUCUGCAAUAGGACUCUAGCCGUCGAUCCACGUGUUGCUGCAGCCAGCAUGGAUGGUUUAGCCCUGUUAUCUAUUUCAUUGACCAUUGAUCAAUUACAAACGACAUCGGAUAACAUUGCUAGCAUUCUUGGUCAAACCAGUGACCCAGUUGGUAGGCAACGACUUAUAGUUUGCGGGACUGAUUACAAGGAUGCGCUAGGGCAGUUUCUUAGAGCUUUCUCUUCAUCAGACACCAGGGCUUAUUGGGAUGUGAUCGAUCGGGUUAGAGAUGGAACCAACAAGGUUAUAGAUUGUGAAAAUAUUUAUAAAAGAGAUCCUAUUAGUGUGUCGCCCAUCACAGCUGAUAACCACAACGUCAUUAAACUAUCAGAGCUUACUUUGAUAAUUGUUGAUAAGAUUCUUCCGCAUUAA